CAGGACUUGCAGUGAAUGGAGGAGGACACUUUUUACUAGAGGUUUAACUCGUCUAAAGAUAUCAAGUGUUUGGGAUACACCGAGUGGAACGGGAUCACCAUGUUUCGAAACAGUCUCAAGAUGCUUCUCACAGGAGGGAAGUCAAACCGCAAAAACAGGUCCAGUGAUGGAGGGAACGAGGAGCCACCAGACCGAAGACAGGCAAGUGUAGACUCCCGUCAGAGCCGAGCUGGGCAAGGCACCUCCACAGAGAACGACUGUGCUUUUGAACCCGACUACGCAAUUCCUCCUCUCCCAGUGACCGAAGGUAUGCAGCACAUUCGGAUUAUGGAGGGCAUGUCCCGCUCCCUUCCAUCCUCCCCCUUACUCACACAUCAGUCUAUCAGUGUUCGGCUCCAACCUGUGAAGAAGUUAACUGCCCCUUUGAGGAAAGCAAAGUUUGUGGAGAGCCCUCGAAUCCCAGAGUCUGAGCUUGGCUCCCCAACCCUCUCUGCAGCCCAGAAGCUGGACGUUGAUGCUUUCUGCCCUGGUGACGCUGAGCAGGAGCUGGGACCCCCUCCAUCCGUAGAUGAGGCAGCAAACACACUCAUGACUCGCCUGGGCUUCCUCCUCGGAGAGAAAGUCACGGAGGUUCAGCCAGGGCCCCAGUACAGCAUGGAGGUGCAGGACGAGAACCAGGAAACAAGGACAGGCCCCACCUCCACCCUGGAGAGCCGGGACAGCGGCAUCAUCGCCACUCUGACAAGUUACUCCGAAAAUGUGGAACGCACUAAAUAUGGAGGGGAAAGCAGUAAAGAGCUUGGGUCUGGAGGAAACCUGAAACCUUGGCAGUCCCAGAAAUCCAGCAUGGACUCCUGCCUGUACCGUGUGGACGAGAACAUGACGGCCUCCACCUACAGCCUCAACAAAAUCCCCGAGAGGAACCUGGAGACCGUCCUGUCCCAGUCGGUGCAGUCCAUCCCUCUUUACCUUAUGCCACGGCCAAACUCAGUAGCAGCCACCAGCUCGGCCCACCUGGAGGACCUGGCGUACCUGGACGAGCAGAGGCACACCCCCCUGCGCACGUCCCUGCGGAUGCCGCGGCAGAGCGUGGCCGGCGCCCGGGCACAGCAGGACCUGAGAGAUGUGGAUGCCAACCGGGAGCUGCCCCUGACCCAGCCACCUUCUGCUCACCCGUCCAUCACCAGCGGGAGCUGCCCGGGCACCCCCGAGAUGCGCCGGCGCCAGGAGGAGGCCAUGAGGAGAUUGGCCUCACAGGUCGUGGCCUACCACUACUGCCAGGCCGACAACGCCUACACCUGCCUGGUGCCCGAGUUCGUGCACAACGUGGCCGCCCUGCUGUGCCGCUCCCCGCAGUUCGUGGCCUACCGGGAGCAGCUGCUGCGCGAGCCCCACCUGCAGAGCCUGCUCAGCCUGCGCUCCUGCGUCCAGGACCCCAUGGCCUCCUUCCGCAGGGGCGUCCUGGAGCCCCUGGAGAACCUGCACAAAGAGAGGAAGAUCCCUGAUGAAGAUUUCAUUAUACUAAUUGAUGGUUUAAACGAGGCUGAAUUUCACAAGCCAGAUUAUGGAGACACCAUAGUAUCAUUCCUGAGCAAAAUGAUUGGAAAAUUUCCUUCCUGGCUGAAGCUGAUAGUGACAGUCAGGACAAGUCUACAGGAAAUAAUUAAGCUGUUGCCCUUCCACAGAAUAUUUUUGGAUAGACUGGAAGAGAACGAAGCCAUCGACCAGGACCUGCAGGCUUACAUCCUGCACCGGAUCCACAGCAGCUCGGAGAUCCAGAACAACAUCUCGCUCAACGGCAAAAUGGACAACACCACGUUCGGCAAACUCAGCUCUCACCUCAAGACCUUGAGCCAGGGGUCCUACCUGUACCUGAAACUCACUUUUGAUCUCAUAGAGAAAGGAUACCUGGUGCUAAAAAGCUCCAGCUACAAGGUGGUGCCCGUGUCCCUGUCCGAGGUGUACCUGCUGCAGUGCAAUAUGAAGUUCCCAACACAGUCUUCCUUUGACCGGGUCAUGCCCCUCUUGAAUGUGGCAGUGGCUUCUCUGCACCCAUUAACAGACGAACAUAUUUUUCAGGCCAUUAAUGCAGGUAACAUUGAGGGCACUUUGGAGUGGGAGGACUUUCAGCAGAGGAUGGAGAACCUUUCUAUGUUUCUUAUCAAACGUAGAGAUAUGACGCGAAUGUUUGUUCAUCCCUCUUUCCGAGAAUGGCUUAUUUGGAGAGAAGAAGGUGAAAAGACCAAGUUUCUUUGUGAUCCUAGGAGUGGCCACACCCUGCUUGCCUUCUGGUUUUCCCGACAAGAAGGAAAAUUAAAUCGACAGCAAACCAUUGAACUGGGACAUCACAUCCUCAAAGCACAUAUUUUUAAGGGGCUGAGUAAAAAAGUUGGGGUGUCUUCCUCCAUCCUCCAAGGGCUUUGGAUCUCCUACAGUACUGAAGGACUUUCCAUGGCUUUGGCAUCUCUGAGAAAUCUCUACACCCCAAACAUAAAGGUCAGCCGGCUGCUGAUUUUGGGAGGUGCAAACGUAAAUUACAGGACAGAAGUGCUGAACAACGCCCCCAUCCUGUGUGUCCAGUCCCACCUGGGCUAUGCUGAGAUGGUGGCUUUGCUCCUGGAGUUUGGGGCCAACGUCGACGCCGCCUCGGAGAGCGGCCUGACCCCCCUUGGCUACGCGGCUGCUGCCGGAUUCCUGAGCAUUGUGGUGCUGCUGUGCAAGAAAAGGGCCAAGGUGGAUCAUCUGGACAAGAACGGUCAGUGUGCCCUGGUCCACGCCGCCCUCAGAGGACACUUGGAGGUGGUGAAGUUCUUGAUCCAGUGUGACUGGAGCAUGGCUGGGCAGCAACAGGGGGUGUUCAAGAAGAGCCACGCCAUCCAGCAGGCCCUGAUCGCCGCCGCCAGCAUGGGCUACACCGAGAUCGUCUCCUACCUGCUCGAUCUGCCAGAAAAAGAUGAAGAGGAGGUGGAAAGAGCACAGAUCAACAGCUUUGACAGCCUCUGGGGAGAGACAGCUCUGACGGCGGCGGCGGGGCGCGGGAAGCUGGAGGUGUGCCGGCUGCUCCUGGAGCAGGGCGCGGCCGUGGCACAGCCCAACCGCCGCGGGGUCGUCCCGCUCUUCAGCGCCGUCAGGCAGGGCCACUGGCAGAUCGUGGAUCUCCUGCUCACGCACGGCGCCGACGUGAACAUGGCAGACAAGCAGGGCAGGACACCACUGAUGAUGGCAGCGUCCGAGGGGCACCUGGGCACCGUGGAGUUCCUGCUUGCACAAGGUGCCUCCAUCUCUCUGAUGGACAAGGAGGGAUUGACAGCCCUGAGCUGGGCCUGUCUGAAGGGCCACCUGCCCGUGGUGCGUUCCCUGGUGGAGAACGGAGCUGCCACCGACCACGCGGACAAGAACGGGCGCACGCCGCUGGACCUGGCGGCGUUCUACGGCGACGCAGAGGUGGUUCAGUUCCUGGUGGACCAUGGGGCCAUGAUCGAGCACGUCGACUACAGCGGGAUGCGGCCCCUCGACAGGGCCGUCGGCUGCCGCAACACCUCGGUCGUCGUCACCCUCCUGAAGAAAGGAGCAAAGAUAGGUUGUCAGACGUUACCGAGUCGCCCACGAGGUCCAGCAACAUGGGCGAUGGCAACCUCCAAACCAGACAUCAUGAUCAUCCUGUUGAGCAAGCUGAUGGAGGAGGGAGACAUGUUUUAUAAGAAAGGUAAAGUGAAAGAGGCUGCCCAGCGCUACCAGUACGCCCUGAAAAAGUUCCCCAGGGAAGGGUUUGGAGAAGACCUGAAAACCUUCCGUGAGCUGAAGGUGUCGCUGCUCCUCAACCUCUCCCGGUGUCGAAGGAAAAUGAACGAUUUUGGGAUGGCGGAGGAGUUUGCCACUAAAGCUCUGGAGCUGAAACCGAAGUCUUACGAAGCUUACUAUGCAAGAGCAAGGGCCAAACGCAGCAGCAGGCAGUUUUCAGCAGCCCUGGAGGACCUGAACGAGGCCAUCAAGCUGUGUCCCAACAACCGUGAGAUCCAGCGGCUGCUGCUGCGGGUGGAGGAGGAGUGCAGGCAGGCACAGCAGCAGCAGCAGCCGCCGCCGCUCCCGGCAGAGCCGGAACCCGAAGUCCAGCACGAAGAGCUGUACUCUGUGCAGGAUAUCUUCGAGGAGGAGUACCUCGAGCAGGACGUAGAAAAUGUUUCCAUUGGCCUGCAGACAGAGUCCAGGCCAAACCAAGGGCUGCCCAUCAUCCAGAGCCCACCCCCGUCCCCAGCUCACAGGGACUCGGCCUAUAUCUCCGGCUCACCUCUUGGCUCUCAUCAGGUCUUUGAUUUCAGGUCCAACAGCUCCGUGGGGUCUCCAACCAGGCAGGGCUACCAGUCCACGUCUCCUGCUCUGUCUCCGACGCACCAAAACUCACAUUACAGGCCCAGUCCUCCACACACGUCCCCGGCUCACCAGGGCUCCACGUACCGCUUCAGCCCCCCUCCCGUCGGAAGCCAGGGGAAGGAAUAUCAGAGCCCGCCGCCGUCUCCUCUUCGCAGAGGCCCCCAGUACCGCGCCAGCCCCCCUGCAGAGAGCAUGAGUGUCUACAGGUCACAGUCGGGCUCCCCGGUGCGUUACCAGCAGGAGCCCAGCGGGGUCACCCAGCUCCCCGGCAGACCCAAGUCUCCGCUCUCCAAGAUGACACAGAGAUCCUUCCAGAUGCCCCAGCUCCCCGUGGCCGUGCCCCAGCAGGGGCUGAGGCUGCAGCCAGCCAAGGCACAGAUCGUGAGGAGCAACCAGCCCAGCUCCGCCGUCCACUCCAGCACUGUCAUCCCGACCGGGGCGUACAGCCAGGUUGCCCACUCGAUGGCCAGCAAGUACCAGUCGUCGUCGGGGGACAUGGGGGUCAGCCAGAGCAGGCUGGUCUACCAGGGCUCCAUCGGGGGCAUCGUGGGCGACAGCAGGCCCGUGCAGCACGUGCAGGCGAGCCUCAGCGCCGGGGCCAUCUGUCAGCACGGAGGGCUGGCCAAGGAAGACCUUCCCCAGAGACCGUCCUCGGCGUACAGAGGGGGGAUGAGGUACAGCCAGACACCUCAGAUCGGGCGGAGCCAGUCCGCUUCCUACUAUCCCGUGUGUCACUCCAAGCUUGACCUGGAGCGUUCUCCCCUCCCCGCCAACCAGCUGGGCUCUCCGGAUGUGUCUCAUCUCAUAAGAAGGCCCAUCUCAGUUAAUCCCAGCGAAAUCAAGCCUCACCCGCCGACUCCCAGGCCGCUGCUGCACUCUCAGAGCGUGGGCCUGCGCUUCUCCCCUUCCAGCAAUAGCAUCUCCUCCACCUCCAACCUGACUCCCAACUUCCGCCCUUCUGCCUCGAUUCAGCAAAUGGAGAUCCCCCUCAAGCCGGCCUACGACAGAUCGUGCGACGAGCUCUCUCCGGUGUCCCCCACGCAGGGGGGUUAUCCCAGCGAGCCGGCCCGCUCCCGGACCACGCCCUUCAUGGGAAUCAUAGAUAAAACCGCUCGGACUCAGCAGUACCCCCACCUCCAUCAGCAGAACCGGACCUGGGCCGUGUCGUCAGUGGACACUGUCAUUAGUCCCACGUCUCCUGGCAAUCUGCCCCAGCCGGAAUCCUUUAGCCCGCCCUCUUCAAUCAGCAACAUUGCCUUUUAUAACAAAACCAACAAUGCACAGAAUGGCCAUUUGCUAGAGGAAGACUAUUACAGCCCCCAUGGGAUGCUGGCCAAUGGGUCCCGGGGAGACCUCCUGGAGAGAGUCACCCAAGCCUCCUCGUACCCCGACGUCAAGGUGGCAAGGACGCUGCCCGUGGCGCAGGCCUACCAGGAUAACCUGUACAGGCAGCUCUCCAGGGACUCCAGGCAAGGGCAGACGUCCCCAAUCAAACCAAAGAGACCAUUUGUGGAGUCUAAUGUGUAAAAGACGCUUGUUGGAGUAAGACCCUCAUGUUUUCAGCACACACUUCCAAGCUUGAUUUCCAUGCAUAUUAUUAUUAUUAUUAAUUAUUAUUAUUAUUAUUAUUAUUAUUAUUAUUAUUAUUUUUAUUUCUCUCUGGUAGCUACAUGACCAAGUUUCUCCGGUACUUUGUGUGGUGGUCAGACAGCCAUGCACGUGCUCCAGCCCUUUCGUUCCCCAGCUGACCGUGAAGCCAACAUCAGCCGAGCCAGUAUCGUUUGCCCAAUUCCAGCAAAAUUCCAACCAGGAUAUCUUAGUCCGUGGUGCGGGGUGGCCCAGAGAUAUCCCUACGCAGCGGGAGGUAACCAGCUCUUUUUCGAGAGACAAUUGCCUUCGAUUUAAAUUGGUUUCUUUUGUCUCGAUGAGCUUUUACUCAGUUCUGAUGGGAAUUCCUAGGGAUCACAGGAGCCUUCCCAAGGCUUGA